GGGAGAGAGUGACGCACAUGGGCACAUUGCAUGUGUGUCUGUUUAUGUUUGUUUAAGUUCAUUUAUGUAUUAAAAGUUUACGUUGAUUGUUCAGCCAGUUCCCGCUGCCUCCUUGCCCAUCCUUUACCUGUUACAGUGGUGUUGAAACCCGGGAGGGUGGAGGGAUGCACUGUCGCAAAGUCCUCGCCACUGCCAUUCGCCAGGGGAGCAGCCGUGGCCAUCUGCCUGGGGUUGGAGGGGUCGCUACCAGCCACAGAGAGCAGGAGGAACCGCAGCCGUCUGCCAAGAAGGGGAGGAGCGGUUCCAUCUGCCAGGGGCCGGAGAACUCACUGUCGUCCACCAGGGGAGGAGCGAGCUGGCAUCCGCCAGAGGGUGGAGGAGCGGUUGAGGACCAGGCGACAGCGCGUCCAGGAGCUGGCGAUCUACAAGAAAAGAUCUGCAUCCAAACAAACCGAACAACUAAAAUCAGUAACGAUGGAGUUUGUGAAAGAGGAGAGUGAGAUCAUGAGUGAUCCAGAAGCCUCCAGAAUUAAACAUGAAGAUACUGAGGAACUAAUAGACCUGAUGGAAUUGAAGGAAGAAAGUCAAGAGCUGGAAAUACUUUCACAGACUGAAAACAGUUUCACACAGAAAAAUACUGACAGAACAGAAGCCAAAAAAUCUUACACCUGCAGUCAGUGUGGAAAGAGUUUGACACGUAAAGGACACCUUAAAGAACACAUGAGAAUCCACACUGGAGAGAAACCGCACUCAUGUAAUCAGUGUGGAAAGAGUUUUACAUAUGCAAGCAGUCUCCGUGAUCAUAUACGACGCUAUCACUCUGGAGAAAGGCCAUUUAACUGUGAUGAAUGUGGUAAAAAGUUUAUUGUGCAAAAAGACCUGAGGAAGCACCUGAAAGGUCAUGCAAAGGAGAAGCCAUAUGUGUGUUCUGAUUGUGGAAAGAGUUUUGCACGAGUGGACACUUUAAAACAGCACCAGAAAACACACACCGGUGAGAAGAAUUAUAUGUGUUUUGAGUGUGUUAAGACUUUUACUAGAGUCAGCCAUUUGAUAGAGCACCAGAGGACUCACACUGGAGAAAAACCUUACAAGUGUUCACACUGUGACAAGAGAUUCACUCUGUCAUCUCACCUGAAAAGACAUGAGAAGAUCCACACUAGAGAGAAACCGUACCACUGCCCUCCAUGUGGGAAGAGUUUCAACCACUCAAGUCAUCUAACUAGUGUGUUGCUGUACCUGAUGGAAUUGAAGGAGGAAAGUCAAGAACUGGAAAUACUUUCACAGACUGAAAAAAAUUUCACACAGAAAAAUACUGACAGAGCAGAAGCCAAAAAGUCUUUCACCUGCAGUCAGUGUGGAAAGAGUUUGACACGUAAAGGACACCUUGAGGAACACAUGAGAAUCCACACUGGAGAGAAACCGCACUCAUGUAAUCAGUGUGGAAAGACUUUCACAUAUGCAAGCGGUCUCAGUGAUCAUCUACGACGCUAUCACACUAGAGGAAGGCCAUUUAACUGUGAUGAAUGCGGUAAAAAGUUUAUUGUGCAAAAAGACCUGAGGCAGCACCUGAAAGUUCAUGCACAGGAGAAGCCAUAUGUGUGUUCUGAUUGUGGAAAGAGUUUUGUACGAGUGGACAGUUUGAAACAGCACCAGAAAGCACACACCGGUGUGAAAGAUCAUGUGUGCUUUCAGUGUGAAAAGACUUUUACCAGAGCCGGUAAUUUGAAAGAGCACCAGAGGACUCACACUGGAGAAAAACCUUACAAGUGUUCACACUGUGACAAGAGAUUCGUUCUGUCAUCUAACCUGAAAAGACAUGAGAAGAUCCACACUAGAGAGAAACCGUACCACUGCCCUCCAUGUGGGAAGAGUUUCAACCAAUCAAGUCAUCUAACUAGUGUGUUGCUGUGAAAUAGCCGAAGUUUUGUAGAGAUAAUUGAAUUUUAUUUAUUGUCGCUGUUGAAAGUGAAACCUGUGAGAUCAUCAAGAGACUGAAUGAGUUUUGUUGUUAGAAGCUUUUACAGUGUGGAUGAAUAUAUGUCAAUGAAUAUCAGGUUUUUGUUCAUGCCAGUUUUUCUACUGUUGAAAUGUUCAAGAAAUCUGUCAAGCCGGGACGUGUGCUGGUUCUUGCUUGAAUAGGGAGCUUUAAUGCCAUUUAUUUGUAGGGGUAGUUCUAGACCAUUUUCAGCUGUGG